UGCUCAGCCUCCGGCUAGAGGCCUUUCCCAGGUAGAAAACUCAUUAAGAGGAGCAUCUACUUCUAGGGAUGCUGCAUGACAAACUGAGGGGGAGGAUUGUAAGACACACUUCUCUGCCUCGAGGCAGAAAGUUUCUGCGUUGUAGCUUUACAUUUAUUAUCAGUAUUUGUUGAAGUUUUGCUCGGUUUCACCAGAGCAAGACAAUCAAUAUGUUAGAAACUGCAGCUGUUGCUGUACAAAUAAUCACAUUUUCCCUUCUCACAAUCUGCUUCUUAGAUACGGCACCGAUUCAUCUGUUGUUGGUGGUAAUCAUUGUUCCGGUGCUGGUAUUGAUCGCCGUGGCUGGCUUUCUUUUUAGAAGACAAGUUAUAAAAACCAGGCUGGAUUCGCCGCCUUCGUUCAAACCCCCUCCACCUCCAGUGAAGUAUACAGCAAUAAGACACAGCGAGACUCUGACAGACUCUUUUCCCAUUUCAAGGUGCAACUCUUUAACAGAGACUCAAAUAUGAAUGACUCAAAUUUUUGUCCUCUCUUGGUCAUGUUAAGAGUUACAGAAUGAGGUUUAUUUUUACUCAUUACAAACCAGUCACAGGAAAUUUUCCAAAUGUGGCUCUGUGUAUAUACUUUGUGAGGUUUUUUGGGGGGGUUGUUUGUUUGUUUUUGUAUAAAAUGCACCCAAAUAUAUCAAUAGCUGAAAAUGAAUGCAUAUUAAAGUUCAUUAAACUGACUUUUAAACCGUGUUUGUGUUAUUUACUUUUCUCUUGUGACAUUGUUUCAAAUAUUGUACUGCUUACUCCAUAUACUACCAAUUCAUACACAGUGACAGAACUUUUUAAGGUGUACUUUCUAUAGUUUCUUUAUCUUUCAAAGGAAUGCUGCUUCUGCUGUAAUACUUCAUUCAUUAGUCUGACGAGGCAUUUCCUGCCCAGAAACCCGAGGAUUUUCUCUAAUUUAGCUCAGUAUGUUUAGUUGAUGCAACAAUGUUACAAAUGUCUUAAUAUCAAAGACCCCUGUUGUCCACAGGUACCGCAGAGCGACAAUCAUGAUCACAAAGCAGGGCUAAAACCACAAACCACAUGGGCUUAAUGGCUAAAAGAAACAUAGCAACCACUUGAUGAAAGAAAAUAUGAAUCAGUAUGGGUUUCAUAAACAUUAACAAGUGAAGUUCUCUGAUGUUUUUUUAAAUAUAUAUUUUUAAUCCUUUGAGUUAAUGAAUUGCUAAGUUUUAAUGAGCAAUUUAAAUGGAACCUGCUUAUAUUUAUUUAGCCAUCGACAUUUGUGUUUAUCUGCCCUGCAGACACUCACGUAUGUAGAUGUUCUGGGAAACUUUUCACAACUGCAUUUUUUUUCUUAUUUUCCAACCACAACAGCUAAACCACAAAGCGCUACGUCUAUACAAGAUUUAAAUUCUUGAUAUAUACAUAGCAUACGUAACAAUGGCCCCUGCAUACAGCUGACAGAACACUAUAAAUGUGAGCUUAUCGUUCAAGACCACAUUGUGAUUUUCACCAUUUUUCGACUCUUUAUUUCUUUUUUCUUUUUAUUUUAUUUUUUAACUCUAACGUUGAGAGCAGACCAGUCUGUGUGAAAUUCUCUGCUUUCUUAUUGUAGAUAGUUUUUUACUGUAUUUGUUUAUAACUGUGACAAACAAUAUUAAAGUUGCUAUCGUUUCUAAACAGUUGUCAUGUUUAUAUUAUAAUACAGUGAUCUAUAUGAAAUUAUUCUGUAUCCCACUGUAGUGUUGAGACUGCGUGCCUCAGAAUGAGGUUACCUCGCUUCCUGUUUGUAACUGAAGAACAUUCAGUUUUCAAAGUACCGUGAUACCAGCGAGGUAACAGAGGGAGAGUAAAAAUAGACUACAGUGUUGCACAUCUCACUGAUUAAACAACGUGAUGCCCUGUAACCUGAGAGCAGUCGUAUCAGACAGAGAACACGUUUUCUUCAAGACGGCUGGAAUAUGGUAGAUAUGCUAACUGUAGCCGUGGUGCUGCUAUCUGUGGCCCUGUCGAUCUCUUUAUGCCUCAAUGUGAUCUUUUGCAUCAAGCGAAGAACUAUUUUGUGCAGAGAAAAAAAUGGAUCCUGCUGCCCCCACACUUCUGAAGAAGAAACCCUGUCACACAAUGAAGGGCAUUAUUUUCAUGACCUUAAUCAUCAAGAGCAGAGGGAAAAUCCCCACAAUCAUCAUGAGCAACAGGAAAAUCCAAUCUAUGGCAACAUCAGCACAGAGAGAAGAAGUUCUGCAGAGGGUUGCUAUGAGAUGAUGACCAUGCAACGCACAAGAGAAAGUAAGAAGCCUUUCCAGAAUGACCUGAAUUAUGCCUCACUGGACCUGAAGACUGCAAAGAAACGAAAGAAGAAGCAUCGCCAUCAGCAUAGCCAGUCACAGGGACGAAAUCAUUUCCCCGAACAGCUGUCAGUCCACCACACACCUCCUCCGAAUACAUUCUUGGAGGUGGAUGCAGACAUGGAUGCUCAGCUUCCGUCCAGAGACACCAGCACCAUGGUUUCACACAGCAGCAUCUACCUCAACAGUCAACAAAUAGCUCAACAGACGGAGGAAAUGGAAAGAGAAAAGAAUCUGACGCUGGAGAGGAAUGUUGGUUGGAAUAGUAUGCGAAGGCGCGAGGAUGGAGGAAAUCAAGAGAGUGAAGAAAUGAAAGAUGAACAAGAGUGUAACAAUGGGAGUUUAUGUGAACAGCUUUCAGAAGUAGAAACCUUUCAGAGCUGCACAGAUCCUUUCAUUGGUAGCUUUAGCCAGGAUGGUCACCAGCACGGUUAAACAAACAUAUCAAGUUUCACUGUUUCAAACUGUUUUGAACUGAAAUCUAUAUCACCUGAAAAAGACUUUUUGGUUUUUAUUUUAUUUUAUGUGCAAAAAACAAACUACUGUCUAUUACUACAGCUGUAAAAUGAAACUACGUCACCUAAAAUAUUCAAACUGCUUGCAGGGUUGAGCAAUUUCCUCUCCGAGAUAGACAAGAUGAGGUCUCCUCAUUGAGCAACAGAGGAAGAAAAGUGUACCUUUCAUGCAGAGGGUGUAAUAAAUGUAAAUAAAGCUAAAAGGAAACUCUUUGCGUGACAUUUAGAUGUCAAGGCCCGUGUGGAAAUUUUUCAGUUUAUUGCAAAAGAUGAGGAAAACACCAAAUCAUCACAGGCCAUGGAAGAACUCUCACUGUUUUGAUGUCUCAUCAUCAUAUAUUACCAGAUGUCUCAUAGAAAGGUGUGAAGAAAUUAUUUCUUACAUUUGUUUUCCACGAUGUGGGCGCUGGCUAUGUGCUGAGAGGGAAUGUUUCACUGAAAAACUCGACAUGCCUCAGCAUAUGUGAAACCGCCUCUCGGUAAUGGUAAGGGUGAAGAUAACAUUAACGUGACGAUAACGUUUAAAAAACAGAGAAGUAAAAACAAAAAAGGGGGGGGAGCUUUAAGUGGGACAUAAGUGAUGACAUUUUGUUUUCCCUGUGGGCACCUUGCUUUGUUGUAAAUGUCAUGUAGGAUUUUACACAUUAUGGUUAUGACAAUGGUUGUUACUUUAGUAAUCUAUUGCACAUAUGAGCUAAUUUGCCAUCUGCUUAAAUGAUUAUUUCCCUCACUGUAAUCCCUUGGCAGGAUAAUUUACUGCCCUGCUAUCUGCCGAGGGAAUUGAGCUAUGGAGUGAACUCAGCAGUCAGAAGCCUGCAGCCCACUCUUUGUUGACAGUUUUUCAAUAGCUGACCAUGGCCUACUUCCCCUCUAUGGAUUAAAUUUUGCCCUUGGGCAUUUUGGAUGCAACUCUUGCAGACAUAUGGGAAUGUCACAAAAGAAACUUUUCACGGAUAACAGGCACCGUUAGUAGCUGUCAUGUAUGAGGACAUAAAGGCAGUCAUUUAUACAGGAUGUUUUCAAAAUUAUAAAGUCACGCUUCUAUAAAGAAUCAGUUGUAAUUAGGAGCAGUUUAUCAUUUAAAUAUGGGUAUUAAUCUUAUACUGUAGCCUAUUAAGUUGAUUUGCAGUGGGCAUUUCCUAAGUUACUCUUUAAAUAAGUAUGAAUUGACAACUUAGCUUUUAGAUCUAUCUUAAUCGUGUAAUUGAAAAAAGAGAUAACACUUUUAAUGUGUUCUGUAAUCUAAUAUGACAUGAUGAGAAGCAAAAGGCAACACACUUAUCUUUACAUAGACAAAGGAAAAUGUACUGUUUUAUACUAUGCUCUUAGAGUAAACAUACAAUCAAUUACCAAAGUUUAUGACUGGGUUACAGUAAAGUAUUAAAGGGACAUUGACAAUGCAGGAAAUCAUUCAACUACGUAACGUCUUCAUAAUAAUGAUUUGAGUAAUUAAAUGAUUAUGCAGUCCACAAGAAUGGCUCAGCCAAGCUAACGCCCAUUUUGGGGACCCUGCAGAGAAUCGUGCUUCACUGCUGACUUAACUUUGAUCAAGCGGUAAGAAAAUUUCCUUGAGGUACAUUUUCAAAGGUAUUUAUCUGCCUUUCAGCAAGGCUCAGCAAAAAUCUGCAAAUUGCAUGAUGUGGCUGUGAGGAGAUAGAAAAUACAAAAGAAGAUUAAUUUUUUAGUUAAAAAAAUUAAAAUGAAAAAAAAAGUAAAGUAAAAAAAAAAAAUUAGUAGUAAUUAAGAUAUGACAUUGGCUUUCAAACUCACAGUACAAAUUUGUGGUUGCAUAAUCACAACCCCUUAACGCCUAGUGUAUCGUAUUUGAUACAUACAGUUUUUUUGUGACUUUUUAAACUGAAAUGCCAGAUGUAGCAAAUACAAUACAAAUUAAACACCAUAUAUGGAAAUUAAAACGUAUAAUAAUUUAUAAACAAAUUUGUCAGAUGGCUCAAUAAACUCUCUGUUUUCAAGAAUUUGAAUUUUCUGCCGAUUGUUUCACAGCUCAGGCUUUAAAGGGUUAAUUUCAGCCAUGAAAAAGCAAUGCAACAAUUCUCUUUCAGCUUGUAGUCGGGCAUGUGGUUUCUUUGUAAGAUUGCUAUCAUUGUACAGUUUGCUUAUGAUGCCACAUGUGACCUGCAGUAAUUGGAACAGGUGUUAUUUUUAAGUUGCUUAUUUGUUUCAUGUAUGUGUGCGAAGAGAGCGAGAGGAGGGGGGAUGAGAUGAAACAAAGAUUACAUGACAGAUAUGAAAUAUAAAGUGGGUUACACUGCAGCUUGUGAAUUGUGCAUUAAAUUUCUAUAGUGCGUUUCGAACAACUGUUAAAGUAAGUGUGACAUUCAAUAGAAUAGUUCAGUAGAGACAAACAGCUCACGAUCCAAAGCACACCACUGAAGGUGACUGCGGGAAAGGUUAAUGCUGGACAUCUUAAUACAGAAAAGGCAGCAUUUGGUGAUGUCCAUGGGUUCUGGACGUCAGGUAAAUGUUGACAUCCAUCCAAGUAUUAAAAACUAGUCAUAAUUUUUUAAAUUAUGUUAGCUUGUUCAAUUACAAAAUACUUUUGAGCCUCUGAAAAUGGGGGAUUAUGUAUAAAAAUGCAUGCAAUUUUAAAACAACUAACACAAUACUUUUGUUAAAGCACUUACAUUAAAGCUAAAAGUUCGCACCUCAAUGUAAUCACAUCUUGAUUGUUUGAUUUAAAACCCACUGUGGUGAUGGACAGAGGCAACAUUAGCAAAAAAAAGUACUUUGUUCAAAAACCUAUGGACUUAACUGUAAGUGGGUUUUUUCUAAUCUGUCCCACCUCCUUGUAAAACUGCUAUUAGUCAUCUAAAUUUAUUUGGCAAUGGUUACAACGGACAAAGGUUGCAAUCAUGGAUAAUCAAUAUUAUUAUGAACGCGUUAUUUUUUUUUUAUCUUUAAUAAUAAUUUUGCUACUCAGACAGUUACAGGUUGAGGCCAAGUAUACUGUUUUCAAAGAACAUAACCUUAUUUUGUAUUAUAAACAACAGAACUCAGAUUGUAGUAUUUCAACCUCAUAAUACACAAAUGAUGCUAAAAUUCUAACAUUUGUAACUACUGCCAUAUGUGAUUGAUAAUAAUCUAGGAUAUUAUUUUCAGUACAUAAAGUACUUACCAGCAGAUACAAUUGCACAAAGGAGUAGCAACCAGAGACCUUAAAAGAAAGAAACAAAUUGAAGGGUCAGUAUUUUUAUGUAAUAAGUGCCGCUGGAGAUUUAUUUUUGAUUUGUUCUUUUUAAAGGAUGUUAAGUUAUACUAUAUUUUUAAGUAGCCUAUUUUUUAAGUAGUGAUUACUCACAAGUACUAAUUUAAGUAAUGAGUGCCAACCACUAGUUCUUUAGAGAGAAAAACUAAAUUGUAGCAAAGUGGUUUGUUCUGAGGCAGUGAAGGGUCAUAUUAUCCACUUGCGGCCUACCUGUAGAGACUGGCUAGCUUGUCGGCUGUUUUUCUCAAACUAUGAGAGGAAGCUCGCUACGGUACAACAACUCAUUUCUGUUAUUAUGUUUAAAUAGCGUAGUUUGGUUACCACCUUGGUUACCUGCACCAACCUGAAUAAACCAUAAACUUAGGUCAUCCACCUUUCAGACGGCAACCCAAUGCUACUAUGCUAGUAAAAUACAGUAGCAAACAGGCAGAGAGAUGAUGGUAGAUAGUUUACAUGAAAUAU